AUGACUGGAUUGGUGGGCACCUGGCGGUAUAUGGCACCAGAGGUCGUGAGGCGUUCUCAGUACAACGAGAAAGUGGACAUCUACUCCUUCAGUUUGAUUUUGUACCUGAUUUUCUCAGGCCGGCAGCCCUGGUAUGCUUGGGGCAAUGACGGGGAAGCCAUUUUGAAGGCCUACGUCGAAGGCAAAGAACCUCGACCAUCUCUUGACUCCGUGGGAAGUUGUGAGCUGCAGGGCUUUUUACCAAAGCUUUGGCACAGAGAUGCAGAUCAACGACCUUCGGCAGAGCAAUGUGUGGAACGGCUUUCACUGAUGAAACCGCCUGGUCUGAGGGACACCAUGCGACUCUGCACUCCCUGGACUAAGCGCUUCAGUUGGAAAUUUGAAGAUUUGCACGCCUCCAAUGCACAGCAUAAGAAGGUUUUGGCAACCACUGCCUUCCGUAGCUUCUUGUGCGACACCUGGAUCUCAGCUGCAGCGGGGAAACACGAUAUUGUGCUCCACGGCCGCGUCAUUGGCCAGAACGAGGCGGUGACCGCAGUGGCCAAGGCUGUGCGACGUGCCAGGGCUGGGUUGAAACCUGACAGCACUGAGGUGUCCAAUCGAAUGAUUUGUUGCUUUCAAUGCUCAACAUGGCAUGAUGAUCCUACGAAGAACCCAAAUCGGCCCAUUGCCUCCUUCAUUUUCUGCGGACCAACAGGCGUGGGCAAGACAGAACUUUGUAAAGCUUUGGCCGCAGCCUACUUUGGCAAGGAGGAAGCCAUGAUCCGAUUGGAUAUGUCCGAGUUCAUGGAGCGACACACCGUGUCCAAGCUGAUUGGAAGCCCUCCCGGCUACGUCGGCUAUGACGAGGAGAGCCAGUUGACGGAUGGCAUCCGCAGAAAGCCCUACAGUUUGGUGCUCUUCGAUGAGGUGGAGAAAGCACACCCUGAUGUCUUCAACCUUAUGCUCCAGAUCUUGGAGGAUGGACGGCUCACAGACUCGAAGGGCCGAGUGGUCUCCUUCAAGAACGCGCUGAUUAUCAUGACUUCCAACGUGGGCGCGAAGGCCAUCGAGAAGGGUAUCCAGGGCGGAGGUGGCAUUGGCUUCUCCGGCCUCGAGGAUGGUGAGGACGCGGAGACCUCCAGCUACAAACGCCUCAAGACGCUGGUGUUUGAUGAGCUCAAGAACUUCUUCAAACCAGAGUUCCUGAAUCGAUUGGAUGAGGUGAUUGUCUUCAGAUCACUCACCAAGCCAGAAGUGAGUCAGAUCGCGGAGCUGGAGUUCAAGAAGACCUUCAGCCGUACCAAGGAGAGAGGCAUCCACCUGCGGAUGACCGACAAGUUCAAGCAAAAGGUCGUAGAUGAGGGCUUUAACCCCACCUACGGCGCGCGGCCCUUGCGGCGGGCAAUCAUGCGAUUGGUGGAAGAUGAGUUGGCGGAGUCGUUUUUAAAGGAGCCCACUAGAGAGGGCGAGCAUAUCCUGAUGGAUGUGAAUGCAGACGGAAACGUCUUGAUUCUUCGAGACCAGCCUGCUCCGGAGGGCGAAGCCGAGGGUGAGUCAGAUCAGUCAGUGAGUGUCACUGCAGUGUCACAUGGUCGUGGUCCAUUCAUGGUCCAUCCAUGGUAUUCUGCUUCCGACAGAGCCACGGCCGGUGCCGCUGGGGAGCACGGCGAAGCUGCCAGCGAAAGAGAUGAGAUGCAACCAAGUCCGCACAAAGCAACUGAUGGCUGUCAAUUGAGAGAUGCCCCUGCGGAACUCUCAUCCGGGCCAGUGGCUUUGUGUAGCUUGAGCGAUUCUCUCGGGGAUGCCAAUGUUUUGAGUGCAGUGAGUACCCAAAUCGGUCUGGAUUCCAAAGAUGAUUUUUCCGAGCAGAGCUUUGCAUCGAUCUCCAGAAACCUCAGAGACCUGUCCUUGCUGGUGGACCCCAAGGAAGUCAUUGUAAAGAAGGAACUUUGUACCACCUGCAAGAGCACAGUGUCCAUUGCAAGCUGGAAAGGCAACUUGAUUGCGGCAAAACAGCUGAAGGUGGAUCUUGAGGAAGACUGGGAGAGCAAAGAGAACACCAUGAAGGAAUUGAUGAAUGAAAUUACCAUCCUCAGUGAGAUCAGUCAUCCCUGCUUGGUCAAGCUUCUUGGGGCCAACCUGGAUUCAGCCGAGCCGCUUAUUCUCACUGAGCUGCUUGAGAAUCAAGAUGUGGAGACCUACAUGCUCAAGCAGAGGACUUCCUCCGUCGAGGGUGUCUUCAAGCCGCAUUUCAGCUUGGCAAUGCGUUGGGCUUUGAAUACUUGUGAGGCAUUGGCGUAUUUGCAUGGCCUGUCACAUCCCAUCAUCCACCGCGACCUCAAGCCGUUGAACAUGUUUCUCACAAGGAGUUUGGAGGUGAAAAUCGGUGACUUUGGCCUUGCAAAGGUGAUGCCUUCGAGGAGCGACCGGGCACCAAAGAUGUCUGGGGGCGUUGGCACAUGGCGCUACAUGGCGCCAGAAGUGGCGCGCUACGAGCAGUAUGACGAAAAGAUCGAUAUCUUUGCUUUCAGUUUGAUCCUCUACUUCAUUUUCUCUGGGACGCAGCCAUUCUGCUCCUAUGGGAGGGAUCCCAGAGCCGUCUUGCAAGCUUACUCCAGAGGUGAAGAGCCUCGUCCAACUCUUAGAUCUUCAGUAGGAACUCGGGAGCUCCGUGCGUUCUUGCCUCGUGCAUGGCAUCCUGAUCCCAAUCAAAGGCCCUCUGCACAUGAAUGUUUGGACAGUCUGUCCGUCAUGGAGAAGCCAGGAUUGAGGAAGACCUUCAAGGAAAUCAAUAUGAAGUUGAAGAAGGGCACGGUACUGAAGUGA